GACAUGUAAACAUGGUCCAAGAUGGCAGCGCCCUUGUCGUCACUAUAGAGUAGCGAAGAGGAUAAAAUUAUUGUCAGACCUCCACCAAAAGUCAGUAAAAGGGUUUAUAAACAAUGCUAUAUGCAUCUCACGUCCAUAAAAAAAGAAGAAGCGAAGGAUUUUACACGCACACGGUGGGAUACAUUUAGAAACUGCAUCAAACGGUGGCUUGACUUGCAGGUUGAGAGUCAGAAAAUAGCAGAAACAUAUAAACAUUGUCUAGAAAUCGAGUUUGACCGUGUGCCCGAAGACGCAGGGUUUCACUCCAUUUGCUACCGGCGUUUUAUUGACAAAAAGCGCUUGGAUGCGGCCGAGAAACGAGUUUCACGGCGUCCUGAAGCUGGUGAUGAUCAUAACACAGACCAGUCUGUGUCAUCGGGAAAUAGUAUUUCGUCAACGUAUUGCCCAACAAAAAAACUUAGGUCCAGUACCGGACUGCUGAUAGCUUGUUCGGGUCCUGUACUUCCUGCUUUGUGCAUAAUUUGCAAGAAAACGGACAAGUACAUCACUGUGGCAGGCAAACGCCAGAAGGACAAUCUUUCACAAGCGGAGACGCUGUCGGCAGGCCAGUUGCUCAAAGCAGCUGAGAUGAAGGAAGACACUAGCAUUCUUGUGCAUAUUAAAGACAAAGACUGUGUCUCUGGAAGUAUGAUAUCACAAGUCCUGUUACAGACAGUACACCAGGUUCUUGACAAAGUCUACUGGAACAAAUACACAGACCUCAGAAGAACAGUAAAAAUUUAUGGACGGGAUCAAAAGACACCAACACAAUCGAAGAAGUUUCUGUCGGAUGGGACAAACAAAGAAGCACUGGCAGAAUUCCUCUAUGUAAUGUGGCGAGACGCUGAUCUUACCAUUUUAGGUAAGGACUUACAUUUAUACAUAACACAUGGAGACCUGUGUCACUGCAUGGCUGUAACAGAGGAUUUACAAACUGUCAGUGAUGUUGAAAAUCUGACAUGUGAUCAUGAGGAAUGUGACACCAGGUUGUUUUUUCAUGCAAAACAUGCUGCACAGGAACACCAAACUGUAGUCAUCAAGAGCCCUGAUACUGAUGUGGCAGUGAUUGCAUUAAGUCUGCAGCCAGAUUUACCAUGCAGAUUGUAUUUUUUCACUGGGGUUGGCAACAAAACGAGGAUCAUUGACUUAUGUAAGGUGUCAUCAGCUCUCGGCAACAGUGUAUGUUUGGCACUUAUUGGGAUCCAUACCUUCUCAGGCUGUGACUCUACAAGUGCCUUUUAUGGCAAGGGGAAAAAAAAGUCAUUUUCUGUUGCUUGCGAGAAAGAGGAAUACCUGACUGCAUUUAGAAAUCUGGGUAGCCGUUUUAAUUUGAACCAGUCUACCUUUGAAGUGCUUUGCAAAUAUGUCUGUCACCUAUAUGGCCAAUCAUGUGCUAAAAGUCUGAACGAUGCACGAUACAAAGCAUUCUGCAUGGCAUCAUCAGCUUUGCCAGAAUGAUCCAUGCCUCCGACAAGUGAUGCUUUGUACCAACACUGCAAAAGGGCAAACUACCAAGCAGCCAUAAUGAGACAUUCUCUGAAAGGUAAAAUGUGUGCCCCUUCACCUGUUGGCAAUGGAAAGCACCUCGAGGAUGGGGAGUUAACAGUGACGUGGAUGACUAGAAAUCCAGCCCCUGAUAGUGUGUUGCAGGUUGUCCACUGCAGUUGCAAGCAAGGCAAAUGUGAGACUGGAAGAUGUUCCUGUAUGUCUGCAAAUCUGUCCUGUACAGAUUUAUGCAGCUGUCUCAAUUGC